UUCACCUACAAAAUUUAAUGUUAGAUUUGAAUAGUGAGAUAAAAGAGUUUAGAGUGAAAUAUUUAUCCCUUAAAAUCACUCUAUCCUCACCUCCUCCUUUACCAUUUCGGAUCACUCUCUCUCCUCUCCGAAAAUGGGGUGUCGCCGCCUCAAUGAAACCCACCCUGCUGCUGCUGCCAACCCAAGGAGAGGACCACUUCCCGUUCUCUCUCUUCUGUCCCUCAUUCUCAUCCUCCCCGCCGCCGCCGCCGCCGUCUCCCCCACUUCGCUCCUCGGACUCCGAACCUCUUCCGACCCGAAAGUCCCUCGAAAACCGACCCGGGCAAUUUCCAAGGCCUGUGCCCGAAGUCGGCUCCCGGGUCUCUGCGUGGACUCGCUCCUGGAUUUCCCUGGAUCUCUGAGCGCCAACGAACGGGAUCUCGUUCACAUUUCCUUCAAUUUGACUCUCCACCAUCUGAAUGAAGCCCUCUACUCAUCCUCCCACCUUUCCUCUCUUCAUAUGGAUCUUCCCCUUCGCUCCGCCUACGACGCCUGUCUUGAACUCCUCGACGAUUCCGUCCAUGCCCUAACCCGCUCUUUUCACUCCCUUGCGCCGCCUUCCUCUGACAGCCGCCCGCAUCCCCUCGCCUCCUCCUCCGAUGACGUCAUCACCUGGCUCAGCGCCGCCCUCACCAAUCAAGACACCUGUACGGACGGAUUCUCCCAACUCAGCGGCAAUGUUAAAGAUCAAAUGACUGACAAACUCCACGAUUUGUCUGAGCUUGUGAGCAAUUGCCUGGCGUUGUUUUCCGGUAGCGUAAGGAACGACUUUUCCGGAGUGCCGAUUCAGAACAAGCGACGCUUGAUGAACGCCGCCGAGAAGGAGGAUGAUUCUGGUAACUUCCCCGGGUGGAUGAGCCGGAGAGAGAGGCGGUUGCUGACGUUGCCGGUUGGGGUGUUGCAGGCCGAUAUUGUGGUCUCGAAGGACGGGAAUGGAACGGUAAAGACGAUCGCCGAAGCGAUAAAAAAGGCACCCGAAUUCAGUACCAGAAAGACGAUCAUCUACGUGAUGGCAGGAAGGUACGAAGAGAAAAACCUUAAGGUAGGGAGGAAGAAAACGAAUCUGAUGUUUGUUGGGGAUGGGAAGGGUAAAACUGUGAUUUCGGGCGGCAAGAGUAUCUUUGACAACGUGACAACGUUUCACACGGCGUCGUUUGCCGUCAGCGGCGCCGGUAUCAUUUUGAGGGACAUGACAUUUGUGAAUUGGGCCGGACCGGCUCGGCACCAGGCGGUGGCCCUCCGAGUCAGCGCCGAUCACGCCGUCGUGUACCGGUGCAACGUCAUCGGGUAUCAGGACACUCUCUACGUGCAUUCGAACCGGCAAUUCUUUCGGGAGUGCGACAUUUACGGGACGGUGGAUUUCAUCUUCGGCAAUGCGGCCGUGGUGUUUCAAAACUGCAGCAUUUACGCCCGAAAGGCGAUGGAGCUUCAAAAGAACACAAUCACGGCCCAGAACCGGAAGGAUCCCAAUCAGAACACUGGAAUUUCCAUCCACGCUUGCCGGAUUUUGGGCACCCCCGAUCUGGCGUCGUCCUCAACUACCACCAACCCAACGUAUCUGGGUCGUCCCUGGAAACUAUACUCUAGAGUUGUGUACAUGCAGUCAUACAUUGGGGGCCACGUGCAUCCUCGCGGUUGGCUGGAAUGGAACGCCACGUUUGCACUUGACACCUUGUAUUACGGUGAGUAUAUGAACUAUGGGCCGGGUGGGGCAGUGGGCCAGAGGGUGACCUGGCCUGGAUAUCGGGUCAUAACGUCGAGGGUGGAGGCAACUCAGUUCACGGUGGCGCAGUUCAUUUACGGCUCGUCGUGGCUACCGUCCACCGGAGUGGCUUUCCUGGGAGGGCUAAAUCUGUAAUUCGGCCACGUCUAUUGCACUAAGGGAGCUGGAGAAAAAGGUACGUAAAAAGUGUCUGCAUAAAAUACUAUAUAGUUAACCGUGAUUUUUUUUUUUUUUUUUUNUUUUUUUUUUUUU